AUGUCUAAGCCUCCCAACGUUCUUCAUGAUAAGUCUGCUUCUUUGUUCCUUCCUAAAGAAUUUCAGAAUUACACCUGUGGAUAUGCAUCUCCUGAUGGUUCGCAAGACUAUUAUCUUGGACUUCCCAUAUUCCAAAGUUAUUGGGCUUGGAGCAAUGAAGUGAUGCUUGCUGAUAAUGAUGCAAAUGAAAAAUACCUAAAGGCAGCAUAUUACAAAAUGGAACUAAAACAUAUGUGUUCCCAAAAUUCAUACUCUCCUCUUUUAGCCCUUUAUGGUUUGAGUGAAGUCAUCAAAAAUCCAAUACAAUCCAUAUUAAUAUUCCUAGGCCGCAAUCAUGUAUUAGAACUAAAGAAGAGUUUGAAAAAUGGUGUGCAAAUCCAAUCCACUCAGAAAUUGGCAAGAACAAUGAUUGAACCAACCACUCAUGUAGGUGAAUUGAUGGCUGGAUUGGAUUCCUUGACAAAUUUAAAUACAGAAUAUGAAAUGAACACAGACAAAAUAUACCCUUUAGCAGAUCAGUUUAUAAGUGUGGUUCAAAAAAUCAAUAGAGAUGAAGCAAAUGCUUACUUAACACAAAAUGGCAAGGAUGCUGAAAAAAGAAGUAUCCGUGGGUAUACACAAAGGCCUGUUGAAAUAGAUCCAUUAUCAGUGUCAAUUUAUAAUGAAGCCUCUCUACAUUAUUAUCACCAUUUUGCAAGUCAAAAUCCUGGAGUAUUUAUAGAUUACACUGGAUUGAUGAUCCAGGAUAUAGAUAAAUUCUUCAGUCAUCAAUCAAGCCACAGAAAAGAAUGCAAGCCAAAUAAAAUUUUGAACACCAUUAUCACUAUCCCAACAGGAAACUCAAGGAUAGAGAGUGAAGCUCCACCUGCACUUAUUGCUGAAUAUAUCACCACAGACUUCUCAGCAGAUCAUCUUGCUUGA